AAACACGCAUCCCAUUGUAAUAUUGUUGAGACACAUUAAAGGAAGAAAAUGCCAUCCUAUGAGAUGUCCAUUAUAACAAAAGCACUUGCUAAGACAGAAACAGUGCAGGUGCUGAAACGCGUGUGUCAAACAGUAUGGAGUGGAGAAGGGGUCAUCAAGAGAGUAGAACAUUUAGGACUAAGAGACACGCCAUACAUAAUGUCCAGUCCUGAUGGCCAGAAGUGGACGAAGGCAAGGUAUAUGUUAAUGGAUGUGGAUAUGUCUAUUCCAAACUCCAGAACAGUAUUGUCAGAUGUGAGAAAAGACUUUGAUGUGAUUCGUUCAAACAUUGUCAGAAAAGACCUUCAAUUUAUAAGACCUUGUGCCUCGGGAAAACAAUGUGAAUUUGGUGAGAUGUUUAUUGAUGAAACAAAGAGGAAAAACUGGAGAAGAAACAAACUCAAGAAAACAUAUAUGCGUACACAAUACAGAGAAAAAUAAAUGGAGAGAAAAUUUC